AUGCCGAAUCGAGGCGGAAAGAAGAAAAGUCACGAUCAUCCACUCUACAUGCGAUCGGAGUACGGUUUCGAUGAGGUGAAGAAAGAUCGGACUCUCAUUCGGCCACCAGAAGAAGAACAAAAUAGACCACCACUGCAGCAGUCAAGAGCCUUCUACAACCAGAAUCGAGACUCUGCUGGAUACGAGGAGCAGCCUGGACGGGGUAGAGGUCGAGGAAGAGGAAGAGGAAGAGGAAGAGGUGGUCGGGGUGGUGCAAAUCGAGGCAAUGGAGGAUAUGCAGCUGGUUUGGGAGGUUCUGUGCAUUCUACAAGACCACAAAAUCAUCACCAAAAUCACCCACGAGAAAGCUACAGCUACAAUAAUGGAGAUCCGUACGCGAGUUUUUCGACUAGUCGAAGGAGUCAUCCCCGCCAUGACCGUCUGAGCAGUCCGGAGUACGAUCAGCAACAGCGAGACGACUACGAGCAGCCCCAGCACCGAGAUUAUCACCAAUCGCUGCCAAGAGAAAGGAAUGACCCUUUUGGUCAUCAGGCCAGGCAAAGAAAUGAUUGGAAUCGGGAUUCCCACAAUUCCUACAACUCCAAUCGGCAACUGGAUCGCUACUCUAUAAAUCGCGGCUACAACGAGCGAAGCAACAACGCUCGAGUCGACCAUCAUCGAGAAGAGCGCGACGAUGAAAGAAAUUUUUAUCGGCAACGCGAAAAUCAGCCGCAGUCCAACCAGCCGAACUCUGAGAGAUGUGAGAAUUCCGAUCAACAGAGACAACAGCCAUCGCGAGAGUACCGACAAAAUGGUGUCGGAUCUCUCCAAGUGCAACGAACGAAUGUCAGAUCGAAAUACGAAGAUCCGAGACACCAUCCACAAGCCUCAAUUCGUCACCAGUAUCAGCAAAAGAGUCAUCAAAGACAAAAAGUGUACACAAACCACGAUGAUCGAAUCGACAAUGAAGAACCCUUGCCAAGCAAUUUCGAUGUAGACGAGGAUGAAUUGGAAUCGAUUUUUCAACCAACCAAUUCCAGAAACAACAAUCGAGCCGAUCGAGAAAGCGCCAAUUCAUCGCAUCAAAUUCGAAAUUUCGACAAUCAAGACGACUAUCAAAUGCAAGCUGGACCUUCAAAUGGACACAGUUAUAGCCACCAACCACAGGAUUACGACGAAAAUCAAUCUCGCGGUCACUCCCUGAUCUUAUCUGGAAGUCACAGAAGCCAGAUAAGCGAGCGGACGCUGGCACUCGAAAAUGUGCCCGAGCACGAAUUGGAGAAUUUUGCUCCUGUCGAAAUAUCAACAACACCUCGAUCAAAUGACAUCGACUCGAGACUCGAGACGCUAAAGGUCAGUCCAUCAACUUCAUCAACUUUUCAUCCAAGAUUAGCACCUGCGAAUCGAAGAGGAUUACAAAAAGUACUCCUGACAACAAAUCAUUUCCGUUUGAAAUUAAAUGACGAUCAAGAGGUUUUCCGAUAUGAUGUCAAUGUGGAAAUCGUUGGAAUGGACGAUUAUGGAAGAGAGACCGUUCAACAAAUGUGCCGAGGACCGAGAGAUGAUGGAGAGGCCACCAGGCGGCAUGAACUCGUUCGAUUAGCUGUACGAACAGCACUCGAAGCAUACAGAUUACUCGAUGAAAGAAUUGGUGCGGCUGUUUACGACGACGCGGCGAUUCUCUUCACAAAUCAUUCUCUGACUGCAGCACUUAAACCACACAAUGGCACGAUCACAAUCGCUGUCUCGCAACUACCAGAACGAGCACGACAACUGAUCUCAAGCCUAAAUGCUCGAGAGUUUCAAAUCACGAUUCAACCGUGCACUCAAUCUACUCAUCGCUUUACACUUGGCGAAGCGAAAAGUGAAGCGUUUUCUAGUGGAAUUGAGGGAGAAGAUCGAUCAUUGAGACAAUUCUUGGAACUACUCACGAAUCAAAGUGCACAGAAUAGCCGAAAUUACAUCUUCUACGGACAAGGCAUGGGCUUUCUGACGAGAAAGGAUUUGAAAGAGGACACGAAAUGUGGACAUGAGAAGAGAUACGGCGUUUCAAAGGGGAUUCAUCUGCAAUUGGGUGAUGGAAAAGAGACUCUCGUCCCGGCAUUAGUCCUCGAUGCCAAGACAGGCACUUUCUUCAAGAGUCAGAGCCUCGUUGAGUUGAUUUGUGAGAUCAACGGAUGGAGAAGACCGGAUGAGGCACGAUGGAACAGGGAAACACUUCAAUUUACACACAAUCAUAUCAAAGGUAUUCGACUUCAUCCCGAUCACAGUUCGGGGACAUUUCUCUGCGCUGGCCUUCACACAAACGCUGAAAAUCGAGCAAUCACCAUUCUGGAAUGCAUUGAACCUCCCCUUGCAUCGGGGCAACCAUCAAUGCCAUCAAUCGAGAAAUAUGCAAAUUUGGGCUACAAAAUUCGAUUAACAAAUUGGCCAAUGGUGAUAGCAAGAAUUGGCGAGAAACGUGGACCCUUCGACGGGAUGCUGCGAGUACACCCAGCUGAGUUGCUUCACGUUUCCGAGAAUCAACGAGUCCCUCUGCACAAGGCAUUAAAAGAUGCUGAUGCCGCCCAGAAACCCCAUCAACGCUGGACAAUGAUCCAACAGCACAUGUAUGAACUUGAUUUAGCUGGUGGUGGCAAUUCGCUGAUGUCAAGAUUCGGUGUCCAGAUCGCUAAAAAGGGCAUCGAAGUCGAGGGAUUUAAACGAGAACCUCCUCAACUCACCUCAGCCGGCGGGAGGAAACUCGAGACACUAGCGAACAAUGCCUCAUGGCGCACGAAGGGUCAUCGUUUCGCUAAAGCCGCUCACAUUGUUGUCCUUUUCGUUGCCUGGAACGCAGAAAGCCGAAUGCGAGUGCUGAUCGAGAAAUUCGCGCACAAAAUCCGAUCCGAUGCUCAGAAUAAAGGAAUGCGGAUUGAUAGGCUCGAAGUUCAACCAGAGCCAACAAAUUUGAGAGAAGAGCUUGCAAAGGGUGGCCUAUUCAAGAGGGCAGUCUCCUCUCAACCCGCAAAAGUUGAUCAUCCAAAAAUCCUCGUCAUCUACAUCGAUCCGGAGAAGCAGAAAACCCAUGGACAAUUGAAAUUGGCUGAAGUUCGCUUUCAAGUCGUCACCCAGCAUAUCACUUUAGAGAAAGUCAAAAAAUCUCUCGAAUCUCAACAGAGCACUCUCGUCGAGAAUAUUCUACUGAAAAUGAACGUGAAAAUGUUGGGCUUAAAUCAUUCGAUUGUGCCGGAGAACUUUGCAAAGAGAGAAUGGUUUGGCGAUUCACUAAUCAUCGGCUACGAUGUCUCCCAUCCAACAGGGCUCACUGCCGAAGCAAAAUCCUUAGGCCAUGCCUCCGAGAAUCCGUCCGUCGUUGGAUUCUCCGCCAACGUUGGCCCAUCAAGAGAUUCAUUUGUCGGAGAUUUCGCUUAUCAAGACGCGUUAAAAGAAAGAGUCAAUGAGGAAUUGCUGACAGAAAGAGUGAAAUGGAUUUUGAAGUUGUGGCGAAAGAAUCGAUCUGACAAGCUACCAUCAACAAUUUUCGUUUUUCGUGAUGGUGUCUCCGAAGGACAGUACAAAAUGGUUCAAGAAAGCGAGCUUUGGGCGAUUAAGAGAGGUUGCGAGGAAUACGAGAACGGUUAUAUGCCAAGAUUUGUGCUUAUCAUUUGUACAAAGAGACAUAACACGAGAUUUGCGAAAGAACAUCGCAUCGGUCGAAACGUCGAAUUGGUGAAUGCGGACGCGAUGACGGUAGUCGAUACGGAUAUUGUAAGACCGGAUAUGACCGAAUUCUUUGCCCAAACACAUACACCCGUCCAGGGAACGGGCAAGAUGACGAAAUACGAGUUGCUCGUGAGUGACCUCCCAGAAAUGACUCAAGACACUCUCCAGUCAUUGACAAUGGCCCUAGCCUUUCAGCACCAGAUCACCGCCGCACCAAUCUCAUUGCCAGAACCCGUCUAUCAAGCGGACGAAUGGGCAAAACGGGGAAAUGACGUUUUCAAAGCAUAUAGAGAUCUCGCCUAUCGACUGCCGCGCAAGGGAACAAAUCGUAUCGAUAAGAAAAACGACGUAGAUUGGGAGAAAUUGACGCAAGAUCUUUCCUAUAUGAAUAAGCCAUUGGAUGGGACAAGAGUCAACGCA